AUGAAAAGAGGUCUUAGCCCUUCAGUUUCUAAGAAUUUAAAUUAGGUAUAGAAUAGUAAACCUUAUCAAUCUUAGGCUGCAUAAGUAGUAAAAAAAUAGAGCGAAUAUAAAAAUAAAUAUAGAGAGCUAGAGCAAAUAGGUAAAGGUACAUCAGGAACAGUAUUUUUAGUGAAAUCUAAAUAGGAUAAAAAAUUUUAUAUUGCAAAGAAAAUUAUUUUGACAAACUUAAAUGAACAGGAAAGAUAAGCAGUAGAAUAAGAAUUAAUCUUACUCAAGAAAUUGAAGCACCCUCAUAUUGUUGGAUAUAAGGAAAAUUUCUUAGAACCUUACUAUAUGAUUAUCAUUAUGGAAUAUUGUGAGUAAGGAGAUCUUUCGUUUCAUAUAAAGCAAAAGCUUAAAGAAAAUGAUCACUUUCCUGAAAAUAUCAUUUUAAAUUGGUUUAUUUAACUAACAAUGGCACUUGAUUUCAUUCAUGAAAAGCAUGUUUUGCACAGAGAUGUUAAAAGUUCAAAUAUAUUUUUAACUUCUAGUGGUAGCAUAAAGUUAGGAGACUUCGGUAUCUCUAAGGUGCUACACUCUACAGCAGAUAAAGCUUAAACGUUAAUUGGAACUCCUUAUUAUUUAUCUCCAGAAGUUUGCGAAAACAAACCUUAUACUUAUUAAUCAGAUAUUUGGGCUUUAGGAUGCGUGCUUUUUGAAAUGUGUGCUUUGAAACACCCUUUCGUCUCAGAAAGUCUGAUGGCCCUAGUUGUAAAAAUUAUUAGAGAACCAAACCCAAACAUUCCUAAUAUGUAUUCAAGCGAUCUAAAUUGUUUGGUUUAAAUUUUAUUAGCAAAAAAACCAGAAAGUAGACCAAGGACAAAAUAAAUAUUAUCAUUUCCUUUUGUGAAUGAAGCUAUGAAAGAUUUUAUAUCUUCUAAAGGAUUAAAAGACGAACUAAAAAAUUUGCCAAUUAAAAAAACUCAGUUGCACAUAAAAAAGGAGUAGAAAAUAAAUUAGGAAAAAGAAUAAUAACCAAGCUCAAUAAAAUAAAUUUAAAGGAAAAACAGUUUGUAAAAUUAAGCUCAAAAAUAGGCAAAUAUAAAAGCUUAGCCUUAACAAAAUGUUUAGAAACAUUAAGAGUAAUAAAAAUCUGUAGGUAGCACAAAAAUUAAUAGAAAAAAUAGCAAUGAUAUUAAAAAGAUGGAGGAACUCAUAUAAAAGUAAAUGAAAGAAGUUUAAAGCGAAGUAUAAAAGAAAUUAGUUGAAAUUAAAGGCAGUAAUAAUAAAAAGCCAAACACCUCUAAUCUUUAAGAUUAAAAAUCACCAAGUAAUCCAUCACUUUCAAAACCAUCUUCAGCUUCUUCACAGUCAAGUACAGCUCAUUAAACACCAUAAAGAUAAAAUGAUUAAAAAAUAAAGUAAUCACCUUCUCGAUAAAUACAACCCAAGAUUGAAGAAAAGCAUACAAAAUAAUCACCAUAGAUUAUGACAAAAAACAAAGUUGAAACACAUAAUAAAUAGUCACCUUAAAGUUAAAUAGCAUAAAAGUAGGUAGGAACUCCGUAAAAUAUAUCAAAAAAUCCUUCUUCAGGAGUGUUAAGUAAUGAAAGUAAAACAAGUAACAGCAGUAAAAACUCAUCAAGAGUAAUUGAUGAAGAUGAUUAUGAUAAGAAGUAUCAGGAAAUGAUGAAUAAAGUUAAAUAGGAGUAUGAAUAAAUAAAAAAAGAGUCUCCAAACCCAAAAAAAAGUCCAACUAUAAAUAAUUAAAAAGUAGCUUCUAGCUCUUCUGCCUCUUAAAAUAAUUAAAAAUAAAAUAAUUUGAUCCAUCCUUAAAAAGCUUCCUCAAAUUAAAAUUAUCAACCAACACCAACUUAGCUAAAUCAAGGGGUUGUUAGUGCUUAAAGCUAAUAAAGGUAUAAUACUAACUAUUCUAAAAAUAAUUUUGAAAUGACCCAAAUAGAAGAAGACAUUUAGAUAAAAAAUAUUCCUGAUAAUUAGGCAGAAAAGGUACAAACUAACAUAAAUUUGUAAGAUAGUUCAAAAAAAUAAAAUUUUCAUUUCAGCUAAAAAGGAUAAAAUAACUCUCUUCUAUAAGAUUCAAACGUGUCCUUUAAUCUCUCACUAACUAAUGAUUCUGUUUUUAAUAACACUGCAUUUAAAAGUAACUUGCCCAAGAAAUAAAGCACAAUUAUAACAAGUGGAGGUAAAGAACAAAUUAUCGAAGAAAUAAUAGAAAAUGAAGAAGCAUAAGAACAUGAAAAUAUAAAAUCUUAAGCUCCAAGCGAUGUCAGUGAGUAUAAAAAUGAAUUCUUGAAUAGUGAGUUUAUAAAAUCAAAUAAAAGUGACGAUGCAUCUAAAUAUUAGACUGUAAUCAGUGAGCACAUUUAAACUUAAAUGAUGCCUUAGAUUCCAACUUAAAAUAUAUAAAAAAACAAUUAAGAAGAAAUAAAUGAUUUCUAAGAUGAUGAUUUAGAUUUUGAGUCGCUUCCUCAAAGAGAAGAUUAUUUAGAUUCUGAAGAAGAUAAUGAGUAUGAAGAAGACUUUGAAGUUAGUUCAGAAGAAGGAGAUUCUAAAAAUGAAUAGAAAGAAAAUAAUGAUUUUAGAUUGACAAGAAAAAAUUUAGACAAAGAACUUGAUGAAGUGAUCGAAAUGUACAAGUCAUAAUUGCUUAAUAACUCAGGGCAAGAGGAAUACAAUAAAUUUAAGCAUAUGUUAAAUAUGUCUGAAAUUGCUGAAGCCUCAGUUGAAUAUUCAUCUGGAGAAGUUUCUAAAAAAAUGAUGAUACCAGCUGCUUAAAAAUAAUAGAAAUCAAAUUUCACAAAAAAGUGA